CCUGUGAAACAAUGGUAAUGUGUUGAAGCCCUAAAACUCUUGAACUACGACGACUAUUUCAUAGAAACAAACGCCUUCGUGCGAACUAGUUGGCUCUGAAAUUAUAUAUUCAAAUAAAAAGAAAAUAAUUAAAUUUAAAAUUAAAUCGUAUCGUGGACAUCAAUAUGAAAGUAACAGUGAUAUUUAUCAUAGUUGCCCCUGGCCUAAGCUUUCAGCACCGACACAGUGACAGUGGUAGUAGCGAGAUACACGACUCACGACAGUCCCAAGAAUACGACUACGAACAGUCCCCUUACUCUUAUCGCGCUGACGACAAACGCAAACAGAAAUCGCGGUACGAAGUCCAACCAGGUUCAGCCGAAAUGGAGACCUCCAACAAAAAGUAUAUCAAACACUCUUCGAAACAUUCCCGCCGACGAUCCAAAAAGCACACAAAAGAUGAAAAUUGCGAUAGCAAUGAAGGCGAGCCAGAAACUAACCACGCCGAGCAGCCAGGACUGAGUCCUGGUAAUUUAGUGUUUGUGCCAUACCCUUACCCUUUAGUGGUUCCACCACCAGUACCUCUACCUGAACCAACUGCUACCAGUAGGAGCACAACAUCCACGGCUCCAUCGAUAAGCUACGACACUAUGUCAUUCAAUGACCGGAGAAAUACAGAAAUCGAUAAAGAAACUUACUUGGACUUGCUACGAACCAUGAGACAUAGGCAUGAAUUGCCUUAUGUCAGACAUGAAAUAUCUAGGCCAGUGAGGCGAUAUUUAAUAGAUCGGCUGCUUUCGCGUGUGAGGAAUGUGAAAGACAUCAACUCCGUAUAGC